AUGUGCUUGUUGCUUCGGGAUAAAAAGCGCAACGGGGAGAAAAACCAAAAACGUUAUUAUUAUAAUUAUUUCUUUCUUUCUCCCUUUUUCUUUCUUUCUUUCUUUCUUUCUUUCUUUCUUUCUUCGUUUCUUUCUCCCUUCCUUCCUUUCUUUCUUUCUUUUUUCCUUUCUUUCUUCCUUCCUCCCUUUCUUCCUUCCUUCCUUUCUUUCUUUCUUCCUUUCUUUCUUUCUUUUCUCCUUUCUUUCUUUCUUUCUUUUAUUCUUUCUUUCUUCCUUUCUUUGUUUCUUCCUUUUAUUCUUCCUUUCUGUCUUUCUUCCUUUCUUCUUUUCUUUCUUUCUUUUAUUCUUUCUUUUUUCCUUUCUUUGUUUCUUCCUUUCUUUUAUUCUUCCUUUUUUUCUUCCUUUCUUUCUUCCUUCCUUUCUCCUUUUCUUUUCUCCUUUGGUUCUUUCUUUUAUUCUUUCUUUCUAUUCCACGCUUCUUUCUUUUCUUUUUUUUCGGGGCACUCUGUGAAAUCCUUUUUCAAAAUCACUCAAUUGCUCUGUCGAAUCAAUCGCCCUGAUGAAUUUGUAUCCAUCUCUUUCGCGGUCUUUUCAUUUACGAUUAUGUAUUCCUUUCUGCAUUUCCACCUUCCUUAUUUUCUUUCGUUUAUUCCUUUCUGCCUUUCCUUCUUUUCUUUCGUUUAUUCCGUUCUGCCUUUCCUCUUCCUUCUUCUCUUUCGUUUAUUCCUUUCCACCUUUCCUCCUUCCUUCUUUUCUUUCGUUUAUUCCUUUCUGCCUUUCUUCCUUCCUUCUAUUCUUUCGUUUAUUCCUUUCCGGCUUUGCUCCUUUCUUCUUUUCUUUCGUUUAUUCCUUUCUGCCUUUCCUUUAUUACUUUCGUUUAUUCCUUUCUUCUUUGCUCCUUCCUUAUUUUCUUUCGUUUAUUUCUUUCUGCCUUUUUUCCUUCCUUCUUUUCUCUCUUUUAUUACUUUCCGCCAUUCCUUAUUUUUUUUUCGUUUAUUCCUUUCUGCCUUUCAUUCUUUACAUUCGUUUAUUCCAUUUUGCCUUUCCUCUUCACUUCUUCUCUUUCGUUUAUUCCUUUCUGCCUUUGCUCCUUCCUUCUUUUCUUUCGUUUAUUCCUUUCUGUCUUUCCUUCUUUUAUUUCGUUUAUUCCUUUCUGCCUUUCACUCCUCCUUCUUUUCUUUCUUUUAUUCCUUUCUUCCUUCCUUCUAUUCUUUCUUUUAUUCCUUUCCGCCUUUGCUUCUUUUCUUUCGUGUAUUCUUUUCUGUCUUUGCUCCUUUCUUCUUUUCUUUAGUUUAUUCCUUUUUGUCUUUCUUCUUUCCUUCUUUUCUUUCCUUUAUUCCUUUCUGCCUUUCCUUUAUUCCUUUCUGCCUUUCCUUCUUUUCUUUCCUUUAUUUCUUUCUGUCUUUCCUACUUCCUUCUUUUCUUUUGUUUAUUCCUUUCUGCCUUUCCCCCUUCCUUCUUUUCAAUCGUUUAUUACUUUCUUACUCCCUCUCUAUUCUCCUUGAUUCAUUUCGUUAUUAUUUUUCCAUCAUUCUCGCGUCUUUCUUUUCCUUUUACCCUCCUUCCUUUCUAUUCUUCUUUCUAUUCUUUUUUUCUUUCAUUACUUCCUAUCUUGUUUCAUUUCCUUUUUUUAUUCCGCCAUUCUUUUUUGCUUUAUUUAUCGUUACUUUUUCUUCGUCGUUUUUACUCCGUUAUUCAGUGUCUCGUAUCUGA